AUGGCACGCACAAAGAAACCCAGACGCCCUAAUAUUCGAAAGUACAAGUCCUAUGAUCACGAGGCUAUGCAAAAAGCUCUGCAAGCAGUUAGAAAUGGUGACAGUUUUAAGGCAACCGCUCAACGUUAUGGCAUAAACCGGACUACUUUAAUGAACCAUUUUAAAGGAUUUAAGUGUAAAGCUGUUGGACAUCCUACAGUUUUAACCUAUGAAGAAGAGGAAAUGUUGGUGCAUACGUUAGUUAAGCUUGGCGUGCAAGACUACGUGCAAAAACUUGAUCGACCGAAUCCGUUCCGCAAUGGAAUGCAAGGUAUUGAUUGGUGCAUGAUGUUCGAAAAAAGAUGGUCUAAAGAAAUAAGUAGACGAGUGGCUCAAAAUCUUCCCAAGAAUAGAGCUGUAGCGGGGUCACGGGAGGUAAUGGAAGAUUGUUAUAAUAAAUUGCAAGCUGUCUAUUCGCAUUUCGGUUUGGAUAAAAAGCCACAGAACAUCUUUAACUGUGAUGAGAUUGGUUUUCAAACCGAUGCAGGUGUCCAGAAAGUGUUGUGCAAAAGGGGUAGCCGAAAUCCAAACAAAUUAGUCGGUAGCGUCACAAAAGCUACGUACACGGUCCUUAUAUGUUGCAAUGCUGUUGGAGACUUCUUACCAAUGUUUAUCAACUACAAAGGACUUCACCUGUAUUCCACUUGGUGCGUGGACGGACCGGAGAAUUGUCGUUAUAAUUGUUCACCGUCUGGUUGGAUGGAGUCCCUUCAGUUUUUUGAUUGGUAUACUAACUGUUUUAUUCCUUCAACUUCAGAUUUACAGGGUACUAAGCUUCUUAUUUUCGAUGGGCAUAACUCACAUUUAUCUUUGGACUUGGUUGAAACAGCCGCAAAACAUAAUAUCGAAAUAUUCUGUUUACCAGAUCACACGUCCUAUUUAGUUCAGCCUCUAGAUGUUGGUGUUUACAAAUCGGUUAAGGCGUCUUGGAAAAAAAUACUUCGAGAUUUUUAUCAAGAAUCGUGUUAUAAAAAUGUCGAUAAAAUUGUAUUCCCUUCUUUAAUGAAAAAAUUGGCCAACACUCCAAGUUUGUCCAGAAGUAACGCGGUAGGUGGCUUUGAUGGGUCGGGCAUUUACCCUUUGUCUUUAGAAAAAAUGACAAAAAAAUCUCAGAUGGCACACAUUGUUAACGGUGAGGAUUCUGCUCAGAUGCCAUCCACAUCUUCUGGGGACUCAGGCGAAAAUGGCCAAUUGCGUCGACAUCUUACAACAUAA